AUGGCGGAGCUCACGCCGCUCGAGUGGAUGCAGGCCCUGUCGGAGACGAAGAGGGGAGCGGAAGAGGGCCCAGGCUCGGAGGAAAAGCCGCCGAAGCACGCCAAGGGCGGGGCCAAGGGCGACAAGCACGAGAAGGACCUCACCAAGGCCCUGCUCGCCAACUUAGCGGGCGCAGUCUACCAGACGUGGGAGCUCCUCGAGUCAGGCGACGGGGUCACUCAGAUCAUGAUCGACUCGGGGGUCAAGUACGACGAGAUGUCCAGGCAUAUGAAAGAACGUCAACGGGCAGGCGAAAAGGUAGACUUUCGCGCUCGUGGGCCCCCGCACGUGCAGCUGUGGGCCGCGGUCUGCCUCAACCUCGCCACCAACGUGAAGCCGUUCAUCCAGGGAGGCAAGGAGGAGUACGUCGAGGCGGAGACCAAGAAGUUCCACGGGUACUUCACGAAGUACAUCCAUGGCGCCGCCCCACACACCGUGGGCAAUCACGUGCUGCACUUUCGGUACAGGAAACACAAGGGGAGGAAGACCGAGACGAGUGGCUCAUCGAGUCAGCAGCAGCAGACGAAGAAAGGACGCGUGACCUUCGCCUUCAGCUACAACGAGCCUGGCAUGCUGGCGAGUGAGCUGGUCCUCUGGUGGCUCAACUACGAGGAGGGCCAGAAGAGGGCGGAGCAGCUGGUCGGCCCAGCCCCGAAAGGACCCCUCGAGCGAGAAGCUGCGAGGAUCCUGAGUCUUAUCGAGAAGAAAUGA